CUUCAGCGCGGCCUGCAGCAGCGACAGCACCAUGUCCUCAACCACAUCCAGUGCUGCUUCAUCAUCGGCGGGGAGCACGCUGGAUGUGGGAGAGCGGACGGCCAGUGCCCCGCCAGCAGCAGUUCAGAAGGUAGGACCCGAUCCUUAUUUCAGAGUGAAACGAGCAAGCACCAGUCGCCGUCAGCAAGGCCGCCGUCGCGGGCAGCGGCAGCGUGCGGCAGUCCUCGCGGCGCAUUGGACGGACGUGUUCGAUGGGCCCAGCCGCCUCAUCUUCCGGGGCUGCGUCCAGCAGUACCAGGCCGUGCAGAAUGCCCUGUGCUUCACGCACUGGACGCGCCCGGCAGCAGCCGCUGGCCUAGUACCGCCGAACCUGCCGGACAUCGGCAAGGCCAGGGGCGCCGUGCCGUCCACGGUGGACGUUGCGCUGGCGGCGCCCUCCAAGGCGUAGGUGUGCCUGAUGGUGAAGACAGACGGACAUCCGGCACGCGCUGGUGGAGAUGCUGCUGGGGCACAAGCGACCCGCAUCGCUGCAGACUGGCGGCGGAAGCGGCGGCGGCAGCGGUGGCGGCGGCGGCGGCGGCAGCAGCGGGGGCGCGUGCGCGCAUCUUGGUAGCGGAGGGGGCGGGGAAGGCCACGUGGAGGAGAGCGCAGCGCCGCCCAAGAAGCGGCGCAAGCGCGCAGGCUGAUGAGGAGCCGGCUGGUGUCUACAAUCUACAUAGCGGUCCGCGGUGGGGCUGGCAGGGCAUGCGUAGCGGCAUGGCAAGUAGUGCGGCUGUUGACAACUGUGCUGCGUCUGGCUGCGGUUGGCUCUGCUGUGGCAUCGCGACUGCUAGAUAGGCACCUGGUUUGGCUAUGUGCCUGUACGAAGCAACCCCGGCUAAGUCCGGGCGAUGAGGUUGUUCGGCCUCAGACUGUGGAGGGGCUCAGCCCCGUUUCCCGUGACCGGGGAACACUUGUUGUGUGUGGUUACAAGGUGGAUGGAUGUGGCGCCCAUCCAUGACCAUGUGCCGUAACCCUCCGCCAUCAGUGCCAUCGGAGAUGGCGCGGGCGAUGGUCUGCACUGCGUGCGAUGUUGUGGCGCUUGGUAUACAUGGCGCGGAGUCGGGGGUUGUGGCAGCCGCCUAGGAUGUGACCGUCGGAGUCGGGGCCGCCACAGAGGGGGCAAGGUCGCCGCGGGGUGUGUGGCGGCCUGUGACUGUGCAGCCGAACCGGCGUCGGUGGCGUAGCGGCGGUCCUUGUCACGUCCGGUGGUGUGGGCGUGUGGCUGAGUGACGGGAUCAGCUGACGGCACCCGCAGCGGUCGUGGCGCCGGAGGCUCAAAUACAGCGUUGACAAACGCGGUACAUGGGACGCCAAAAUUGUGUGGCUUCGUUGCCUCCGUACAACUUUUUCCGCAUAGCCGUGCGCUGAGCAGGCCGUCUCUGGUUUGACCCGGAUUGAUGGCAGUGGCAGAGUGCCUGGAUAGCGAUAGCGAGUGAUUGGGUGUGCGAUGGGACAGUGUCAAGGCAGGUUGGCGAAGUCCCGCAGGGUGCAGCUUGUUCCCAGACCCCAGAAGAUGGCAAACAAUGUGGGAGAUGGCAUAACCGGGAGGGCCCCCCGAGCGGCGAACUCGAUGCGACCGCAAGGGCUUCUGCCCCUCCCCCUUGUAAUAUCGCAACCUCCCCCUUCGGGGGAAGGGGCAAGCCAACAAUGUGCAACGGCAGGGUAAGGCAGGUUGGUAAAGUCCCGUAGGGUGCAACUGAUUCCCAGAACCGAACAGAUG